AUGGCUUGCGGUGGCUCCUGUAUAAAGCUGCUCUUCUUCAUUGUCAACUUCUUCAUCUGCAUUUUUGGUGCAUUGAUUUGUGGUUUCUCGUUGUGGGCCAAUUUGGACAAAGACUUCGGAAGUCACUUAGCUGACUUCGUUCGUCAAGUUGAUGGAAUUGAUGUGAAAUUGGUUAAUGAAAUUGCCGAGUAUCAAGCCUCUCUCUGGAUCCUCGUCGCCGUCGGAGCCCUCUUGUUCAUUGUUGGAUUCUUCGGAUGUUGUGGAGCAGGAUGUGAAAGCCCAGUUUUACUUGGAUUGUUCAUCUUCAUUAUUGUCAUACUCACCGCCAUUGAGCUUGGAGCUACCGUAUUCGCUAUGACGAACAGAGAAGAGUUUGUGUCAUCUAUUCAACAGGUUCUCGAAAAGUCGUCGGCUACUCCAGAUCUCCGUAAGAACAUCAAGCCAAUCCAAAACGUGCUUCAGUGCUGUGGAGCUACUGCUCAGACUCAAAACUUGUACAUUGAUGAUGGAUUAUGUGGACCGAAACCGAUUGCGCAUCCAGACAACUGCUUCGACCGAAUCUCACAUAUGGUUCAAUCUUGGGGAGAGUCAAUCGUCGUCGUCGCCUUCUUGCUAUUAGCCAUCGAACUCUUCGCUAUCCUAUUCUCAUGCAUAUUGUGUAGAUCAUCCCAAGAUAUUCGUUAUACUCCCUACUACUCUUAA